CUGUAUGCAUGCAAUACAAUGGUUGGGUGGUAAUGAUACUUGCUUUUGGAACUCACAAGUUUAAAGCUGGAAAAAAGGCUGGUAAAAGUAUUUCAAACAAGGGGCAGAAAAAUUUAAAGGAGCUGGGUGAUCUCUCAAGCCAAAGUGAUUUCUUUGGCAGAUUUUAGUUUCUCAUUUUUUGUAUUUUUGUAUUUCUUUAAUGAAUUAGAACUGCUAUGAACUAAUGUAAGUUGGUAUUUGGUUGGAAGUAUAAUUUGACCAUUAUGGGCUAAAUUGCUUGCAUUACGUUAUGCUAUUAUAACCAAAUCAGUAG